GGGGCGGUAGGGAGGGUUGGAUCAGGUGCUACAACAUUGCUUAAAGCCACAGCAGAUAUCGCCCCUCCGUCCAAAGGGACAGCAGUCCAGGGAGUUUCUCAUAAGGAACCCUCACCGCGGGAGCAUUUACCAGUAUGCCUGUAGUAACAGACCAAGCAUUUGUGACUCUGGCUACCAAUGAUGCUUACUGUAAGGGUGCUCUCGUGCUCUGUCAAUCUCUGAAAUGCCACAAGACCACCAGGCGGGUAGUGGUUCUAUUUACACCACAAGUCUCCAGCAAGAUGAGGCGUACCCUCGAGUGUCUGUUUGAUGAGGCCAUAGAAGUCAACGUACUGGACAGUGGGGACUCUGCUCACCUGGCCCUGUUAUCAAGGCCCGAACUUGGCACCACGUUUACCAAAAUACACUGCUGGUGCCUCGUGCAGUACUCAAAGUGUGUCUUUAUGGAUGCUGACACUCUGGUGUGUCAUAACGUAGACGACCUUUUUGAAAGGGAAGAGCUCUCUGCUGCCCCAGACCCUGGCUGGCCAGACUGCUUCAACUCUGGGCUAUUUGUCUACAAGCCUUCCAUUGAAACCUACAAUCGGUUACUACAGUUUGCAGUUGAGAAUGGUAGUUUUGAUGGGGGAGACCAAGGCCUGUUGAAUAGUUUUUUUAGCAACUGGUCUACAAUGGAUAUUCAUAAACACCUGCCGUUCAUUUACAAUCUGGCUGGCAUUGCCUUGUAUAGCUACCUCCCUGCAUUUAAACAGUUUGGUGCAUCUGUUAAAGUGGUUCACUUUUUGGGGCCGAUGAAACCAUGGCAUCAUAAGUACAGUGUGGAGACGAAGAGUGUUGUACAGGAGAAUAUGUCACCCUUGGACUCCGUGUUUAUAAGCUUCUUGAACACAUGGUGGGACAUUUAUACCACUUUCAUUUUGCCACUGUUAGCACAGGAGAAUGGAGAGAAACGGGAAACUCAUCAACUGCCUCAAGCGAGAGAUUGCCAGCUUGGCAUGAGGCAGCAAACAGUUGGUGUGAUUGAGAAGGUGCCCCUGUCAACGAAACCUCCGGAGCCUCAGAAGACUGAGAAAAAAGAGAUGUCCUUUGAAUCAUCAACAUCACAAGAUGAAAAAAAGAUGUCCUCUGAGUCAUCAACAUCGCAAGAGAAACCAGUAUUUGCAGAUAAAGUAGGACAGCAGAGUGUCCAGUUUAUCGCAGAACCCAGUACGUCGUCUAUGGAGAUGAUAAUGGAAAUAUCUUCUCCCACAUCUGAACAGACUACAAAAAAGGAUAUAACGGACUCAUUCUCGGAGCUCUCGCUUGACGGGGCACCCGUGGACCCUGACCAAGUACAGGAAGCAGAGGACCGGCGCAGAUGGGAGGAAGGAAACAUGGAUUACAUGGGAAAGGAUGCUUUUGCGAAUAUUCAAAAAAAGUUGGACCAGUUUCUGAAGUAGUGUGUCAGAUGUCAGUGUUCAGUGAAACGCUUGUUUUUGCUUGUAUGUUAAUAUGGAUGGCAGCUUAUUUGUGGCAAAUUUAAUAUUGCCAUUUAAUAUUACACUGUAAAUAGAUUAUUGUUCUGGAUUAACAUGUUUUUUUUACAUUCAUUAGUGGUAUUAAAAACUCCUUUACAGAUCAAUUGAUUGUAUUUAGGUGUACAAGAAGCAACUUCCCAGGACAUGAUGUUUCUCCAGCGGGGCUACAGGGGUUCCGAAAUAAUAACUAACCAACGGU